AUGGCUUCCAACAACAAGAUUCUGGAGGAGGUGUCCGGGUGGCUCAGAGUUUACCAUGACAAUUCUGUGGACCGGUCCUGGACCGGACCCCCAGAAGUGGAGUUCUUGAUGAAGCCGGUUCCCUCCCACGAAGACUUCAAGGACGGCGUCGCAACUCGCGAUGUUCUAAUCGAUCCAAACACCGGUCUGUAUGUACGGAUUUAUAUCCCGGCCUCGGAAAAUGGUUUCCAUGUUCAGGAUAAGAUGCCCCUCAUCCUCCAUUUUCACGGCGGCGGCUUUUGCAUCAGCCAAGCCGACUGGUACAUGUACUACCACUUCUACGCAUGGCUGGUGCGCUCCGUGCGGGCCGUUUGCGUCUCCGUCUACCUUCGGCUGGCUCCUGAGCAUCGUCUUCCAGCGGCUUGUGAUGACGCCUACGCGGCUUUCCUCUGGCUUCGCGACGUCGCUCGGGGCGAGAUGUCGGAGUCGUGGUUAAACAGUUAUGCUGAUUUUGGGAGAGUGUUUUUUGUGGGGGACAGCACCGGCGGGAAUAUUGUCCACGACUUGGCUGCACGAGUUACUGGGUUGGAGUCAGAGCCGGUGAGGUUAGCCGGAGGGGUGGCGAUACAUCCCGGCUUCCUUCGAGCCGAACCGAGUAAGUCAUUCUUGGAGCUGGCGGAGUCGCCAUUGCUGACGCGUGAUAUGGUAAACAAGUUCAUGGGGCUGGCACUACCAAUCGGAAGUAGCAAAGACCAUCCAAUUACGUGCCCAAUGGGGGCUGAGGCGCCACCACUAGCCGGACUGAAACUGCCACCGAUGCUGGUAGUGGUGGCGGAGAAGGAUUUACUUCGGGACACAGAGCUAGAGUACUGUGAGGCCAUGAAGGAGGCUGGGAAGGAAGUGGAAGUUAUGAUGAAUCCGGGAAUGGGUCAUAGCUUCUACUUUAAUAAGCUGGCGAUCGAGGCUGAUCCAGAGACAAAAGCUCAGGCGGAGCUGCUGAUUGAAACGAUCAAAAGUUUCAUUACUAGGCAAAGAGAUAUAGAGGGUUUGAGUGAUUGA